AUGACGCGUAAACUACCGUGGAAAAGGGUCGAAAUAGACUCAACUAUUACUCCAAGAUCGCCUAAGUCGACGCCUAUUAGGCAACAGAAAACAAAACGUGAGGACAGCGACGAUGAUGAUAAGCAGGUGGUGGCUUCGCCUGGUCCUAGUAAACGGAUAAAGACGUCCGAUUCUGUAUCUGGAUCUCCAGUGCCCAAGCAGACGCCUCCUCCUGGAUCAUCACCGCCUGCUCCUAAACCACUUCCUGAAAGCUACAUGAUAGAGGGCCUUGAAAAUGAUGACUUGUAUCGGAUGGUGGAGGAUGAAUUUUUAUCAACUGCUCAACAGUUCACCGCUCAUCUCCAUGCUGCUGAGUAUCAUCGUCUAAAGGCUGCAUCUAAGUCGCAAAAUGCGGAUACAAUCAGGGACAUCUCGAGACCAGUUGUCGGACGGAUGACCGACCCGGUUAAGCAGAAGCAAGAACGCAAGGCUCGUCUUGAGAAGCAGAGAGCGGCGUUGAGAAAGGCAAGGACCAAUAAGGACAAAAAUGACGACUCGACUGCGAGUGAGAGCGACCUGUGGGAUUCCGCAUCUCUGCACGGACUUAUGGAGAGCCCAAGAAAGAAGGUGACACGUCUAGACAACCUCGCUAAGGUAGCAACUACAACUCGUGCUGCCGCUGGGUUCCACACAGCUAAGCCCGGACAGCUAUUCACCACCUCUCAUCCAAUCCGUAAAGAUCUUACUAGCAGUAGACCCCUACCUAAAUCGAUGCUUAAUCACAAUAGCGAAACGGAAAGUGAUGACGAGGAUUUAGAUGCUCCUUCUUCCAGGAUGGCUGCGAAUACAAAAGUGAAACCUAUAUCAACUACGUCUGCAUCUACGUUACGCCUACGUCUCAACUCCCAAAACCAAGGCAAGUCCCAGAAAGUUCAUCCUAUCAUCCGACAACCAGAAAAUCGGACCACCACGGAAGUCUCUGCAUUAUCAGACGACGAUGCCGGCAGCGGAGACUUCCUAAGUCGUCUUAAACGGCGGCAGGAAGACCGCAAGCGCAGUCGCGAGCAACGUAGCAAAUUAGCAGCAGCAGCAGCAACAGCGUCAAGCAAAGCGCAGUCAACAACAGAUGAUAUCAUUCCGGGGUUUCUAUAACUUAGAUGGGCAGGCUUAUAUUAUAUAUACACACACAAGUAAAUCAGGGGCGGGCAAUCACGACGACGGCUGGAAGGGCGUCUCGUACGGCCGCUCGGCCUGCGGCGUGAUGCGCGCCAGAUGCCUUCGCUGGCCGGUCUUCCAGUCGUGCAGCGCCGAGUGCUGCGUUACGCGGUUGUCCCAGACGACGACCGUGCCCUCCUCCCACUUGACGCGCGCCUGGAAGUCGGCGCCGUACGCGAGGUGGUCGUAUAGGAACUUGAGGAUCGCGUCGGAUUCUUCCUUCUUGAGACCGACGAUGUUGCGGGUGACUAAGGUUAGGUAAUUAAGG